AGAGAGAGAGAUGGGAAGGGCUCCAUGUUGUGAUAAAGAAAAUGUAAAGAGAGGCCCAUGGUCUCCUGAAGAAGAUGCAAAACUCAAAGGCUUCAUUGACAGAUAUGGCACUGGGGGUAACUGGAUUGCUCUCCCACACAAAGCUGGUCUAAAAAGAUGUGGGAAGAGCUGCAGAUUGAGAUGGUUAAACUAUCUGAGGCCCAAUAUUAAACAUGGUGAAUUCACUGAUGAUGAAGACAGGAUCAUCUGCAGCUUGUAUGCUAGCAUUGGUAGCAGGUGGUCAAUAAUAGCAGCUCAGCUACCAGGAAGGACCGAUAAUGAUAUCAAGAAUUACUGGAACACCAAGCUCAAGAAGAAGCUCUUGGCUAUGCUUCCUUCCUUUCAGAAAAAGCCAUCCUUUUUUCCAUCUAUAUCCCUCCAAUCACCACCACCAUACAGAUCAGACCAGUUCUUAACCAGUAAUUUUUCACCUUUUCCCACUUACAGUACUCCCCCUAAUUUCAUGAAUCAUAAUAUGAACUCUCUCCUAACAACAGCCGCCGCCGCCACCACCCUUGUUCAAGAUCAUAUCAAUAUUACUCAUCUCUCACCACCACCACCACCACCACCACCACCAGACAUAAACUCUUUGAUCAGUUUGAUCACCAACAACGAUAAUUGUUUCUAUUUAGGGUUUCAGGCUGAGGAUCAUCAGAACAUGUACAACAGCCCAAUGGGGUACCACUAUCUUACAUCAGAUGUGAAAGAAUCAAUGCUCAUGUUCGGAAGUGGUGGUGGUGAUGGUCAUGAAGUGAGUGCAACUGGUUCUUCCUCUGAAGGUGGGAGUUGUAUGAGUCAAAUCAGCUAUGGAGAUUACAAUAAAGAUCAUAAUAUUCAAAAGCAACAGCAGCAUCAUCAUCAGAUCAAGCAAGAAGACCGAUUUGCCCUUCAGGGUUUCGGAGAUCAAAGCCAAAGUUUCUUCAUCAACCACAACUACACUGAUCAGAAACCAAAAGUAGAUUACAACUUGAAGAAUUAUGAAAAACCAUUGGAUAGUAAUCAUCUUGAGGAGGUGAAGCAACUGAUCAUUGGUAACAACAGAAGCAGCUACUGGUUCAAUAAUGAUGAUGAUGAAUACAAGACAACACAUGAUGAUGAUGAUCAUAAGGAGAUACGCUAUCAUUACUGAUCAUCAAGUGUCUGAUACAUUUGUAAUUAAGAAAGAAGAUACGACAGACAAGAGACUUUGAGACAGUUUCUUGGGGUUUGUGCUGAUUGUAGUGGAAAUCAAUGUAAAAUAUCACAAAAAAAGGAGGAGGAAGUUCUUUCUUUCUUUGUUUUCAGUAUCUUAAUUUC